UCUGAUGUGUCCUGUCUCCCUCCCAGACGCUGGACCUGUCCAACAACCAGCUGAGCGAGAUCCCAGCGGAGCUGGCCGACUGCCCCAAGCUCAAGGAGAUCAACUUCCGAGGGAACAGGCUAAGGGACAAGCGCCUGGAGAAGAUGGUCAGUGGCUGCCAGACCAGGUCCAUCCUGGAGUACCUGCGUGCUGGGGGCCGCGGGGGCGGCCGCGGCAGGGGCAGGGCAGAUGGCGCGGACAAGGAGGAGAGCCGGAGGAAGAGGAGGGAGCGGAGGAAGCAAGAGAGCGGUGAGGGCGAGGAGGCGGCGGUGGACGAGGCCAGCCGGCUGCUGCUCAGGGUCCUGCACGUGUCCGAGAACCCGGCCCCACUGAUGGUCAGGGUGAGCCCCGAGGUCAAGGACAUCCGGCCAUUCAUCGUGGGCGCCGUAGUGCGGGGCAUGGACCUGCGGCCCGGGAACGCACUCAAGCGGUUUCUUUCCUCCCAGACCAAGCUCCAUGAGGACCUUUGCGAGAAGAGGACAGCGGCCACCAUCGCGACCCACGACCUCAGAGCGGUGCGGGGGCCCCUGCUGUAUGCUGCCCGCCCGCCGCAGGACCUCAAGAUCAUCCCCUUGGGGCGCAGAGAGGUCAAGGCCAAGGACCUGGUGCGGCAGCUGCAGCUGGAGGCGGAGGAGCACAGGAAGCAGAAGAAGAGGCAGAACGUCUCAGGCCUGCACAGGUACCUGCACUUACUGGACGGGAAAGAAAACUACCCGUGCCUCGUGGACGCCGAGGGCGACGUGAUCUCCUUCCCGCCGAUAACAAACAGCGAGAAGACCAAGAUUAAGAAAACCACAUGUGACCUGUUUCUGGAAGUGACCAGCGCCACCAGUCUGCAGAUCUGCAAGGACAUCAUGGACACCCUCAUCCUGAAAAUGGCAGAAAUCAACAAAUACACUUUGGAAAACAAGGAGGAGGGCUCCCUCUCCGACCCUGAAGCUGAUGCAGUUUCUGGGCAACUUUCGGGUCCCAGGGCGACUCCUGGUGCGGAAAGUGACGGGUACUCGCCGCUGGUGGUGGAGCAGGUUCGGGUGGUGGACGAGGAGGGGCACCUGAAGGUGGUGUACCCGUCCAAGACGGACCUGGACAUCGCAGCCCACGUGACCGUGAUCCGCUGACAGCCGGAGCCGUGCUGCUGGCGCCGCCGGCCCUGCCGGAGUCUGCCCCGUGACACUCAGUUAUUCGUUCCCCUCGGGGCUUUUAAGACACAUGCAUUCUUUGUUCAGUUUUCCAGACGGCUCUGUUGGAAAGGGAGGCCAUGUGGCCGUGAGCUGAAAGGGCGUCGCCUCUGCAGCACCAGCCUGACUUCACUGAGACUGUGUGUGAAGUUACUCGAAUGUGGGAGCGAACUGUUCAGAAAGUCCUGAAACCAUGUCAGCACACAGCCAGCACCUGUACUCACGGCGAAGAGGGCGCUGUCACUGGCUGGAGUGUUCAGCUGGGUGAGGAGCGAGACGCCCCGCCUUUUAUUGACCAGCAGCUAUUUUCCUACGACCCCGGGUCUCCCAGCGACACUGUGCCCGGAGCGCGGCCUGGACACGUGGGGCAUCACGUUCUCCAGCUGCUACAAAUCAUAAUCUUUUUAAAAAACUUCUUCCUGUGACCCUGGAACUGGCAGAGUCUCCUCAGAACUGCUGGUGGCCACGUCGGGGAUGGAGAUGCCCAGCAUCCGUGAGCAACAGCGGGCCCGCCUCCUGCGCUGGGCGGGCUCCAUGCUUGGAAAGUCGGCCCCGCGGAGAUGAGGUGUGACACCCAUGUCUCCAGGUCCGUGUACAGGUUUCCCAUCCACGCCCAGACGGGACAGUUCCCUUUGUAAACUGUCCGUCGUCGACAGCCCACUGGAGGACGGGGCAGCAGUGACUGGAGAAGCCACCAGACUUCUGACUCCGGAGGUCACAGAGCCCAGACACGCAUGAGGCCGAGACCCCGCUCGCCCGGGCCUGCUGCUCGGCCGCAGUUUCCCCAGAGCCGAGCCACCCUGCCUGGAAGGAUGAGCCGGAGCUGCCCGGUCACCCAGCCCAGCUCCCCGGUCACCACCAGGACGGCUCACCCCCAGUCCCGGGGGUGGCCGUGCUCGGCUGGGCCAAUGUGGGCGCCAGGUGACAGUAUCUCCCCCAGACCUGCCCGGCACCUGCAGAUUGGUGGCUCUGCCUUGUCACUUCCUGACCCUCGGGCUGCCAAAGCCACAGAUGCCAUGGCUGGCGCAGGCGUGGGCAUCUCGGCUAAGCCCUCCUGGGGGGCUGCGCCACAGCCGAGCUGCCCUCUUGGCUCCGAGACCACCGCCUCAGUGGCCACGUGGCGUGUGGCCCAGGGUCUCCUAGGUGGAACUGAAGCCCCAGCGCCUGCUGCCCUGUUCUGAUGCAGCUGGAGUCCACUUGAGGUCUGGAAACGCACUCCACUUGCAGCACAAAGUCCCUUUGACGUUUCUCCUCCUUGGCCCGUGUGACCCUCUAAUUAAAAGCGUUCAGUAGGAA